AUGCUAUUCAGUGCCCGGGAUGGGUCUCUUCCAGGGGCAUCAUGGGCUUGGAAAAAGGUGCUGCGGUUUGGGGUUGUCUUCUUGUUCGUGAUAGGAUUUGCUGCUGUACUAUGGCCCUCAGUUGAGCCAGUGAAACUGCCAAUGGAGACAGUUGCCAACAUCACUUUGGCCCCCGAUAUCUCGUGCAAUCUCGAUUACGAUAAAUUGGCAACCCUGAACGUUGUCAAAGUCGCCCAAUAUACCCGUCGAGAAAUCAUAGUCGAUAUGACGGACGAGCCAGUGCCCUAUACUCAGUGGCUUGAUGAGCCGUUCUUGAAAGUGCCGAAGGGCAACGAGGGGGCGGCGGAUGGGUGCUCAAUUUCCACACCAGUGUCCUUGCGGGUCCCCCAACCGCCGAAAUUGGCGGACGCGUCACACAUCGAUUUCGGAGUUGCGACCAGUAUCGAGAGAUUAAAUGAGUCUCUGAAUGCCUUCGCUCACUGGGCUGGAUACUCACGCAGUCGUAUUUUCGCACUGAUUGAACCAGAUGAAUCAGGCAACGGAUUCCAGGAUGUCAUGGCCAAGGCUGACUCUCUGGGGAUCAACCUCCACAUCACAGUGUCGGAGGAUAACUAUCUCAACCGAUACUUCGCACUUAUCCCUCUUUUAGAGAAAAACGCCCGGGAAACAACCCAAUGGGGUUGUAUCAUCGAUGAUGACACAUUCUUCCUGUCGAUGCCCAGACUAGUGGAUGCGCUCGCUGAAUACGACCACACCACCCCCAUGUAUAUUGGCGGAUUGUCAGAGUCUAUCCCGCAGAUUGCGACAUUCGGAAUGAUCGGAUUUGGAGGCGCGGGCGUCUUCUUAUCGAAACCUCUGUUGACCGAAAUGACCAACGUGUACGACAAGUGUUCUGCGAUGGAUUUCACAGGCGAUCGCCGCAUCGCCAUCUGCGUCUAUCGUUACACCCACACCCGGCUAACGGUAGAUCACCGUCUGCGGCAGUUGGACCUGAUGCGCGACGCCUCAGGAUUCUUCGAGUCCGGCCGCGAGCCCCCGCUCACAGUACACCACUGGAAGUCCUGGUUCCACGCCGACAUGCCGAAGCUAGCGGUGAUUUCCGAGUUAUGCGGCGACAGCUGCCUCCUCCGCAAAUGGCACUUUGGCGACGGCUGGAUCUUGACGAACGGCUUCUCGGUCAUCAAGUAUCACGCCGACCCAGACAAGGACGACCCCACCAUGGAGGUGACAUGGGAGCCGCACAAUGGCGCCAAUGAGGAAUCUUACCUGCACGAAUUGGGUCCGCUCCGCCGCAAGGAUGAAAACAAGAGGAGCUUCCAGCUGGUGGAUGCCGUUCACGAGCCGAAGGACCAUGUCACUCAGUGGUAUGUCAUGCGCGAUGAGACUAAUGGCGAUCAAGUCUUGGAGCUGUCAUGGCGAAAGAGGUAA